AUGGAGGGUCAAUCUGAUUCCUUUAAGGAUAUGAAGCAACGAGAAGGUAUUGAAGUGAAAAAGGAGCAAGAGAUUACUAAUUGUAGCGUUGAAAAUAUGGGAUCUUGCAAGGAAGGUGCUGAUUUGUUGGAGACAAAGGGGGGUCAUCAUCUUUCGACACCCAGUUCCGGGCCCACAAAACUGGUGACUUCUGGACCAAAUGCCACCGUUCCUGCUCCGGAUCAGCUUACCAUCUUCUAUGGUGGAAGUGUUGUUGUGUUUGAUGCAAUUCCUGCAGAAAAGGUCCAUGAAAUUAUGCUUAUUGCUGCAGCUGCUGCAGCUUCUGCCAAACCUGGUGACAUGAAGAACAGUGGGUCUCCUGCUAGUACACCAGUUCUUACAAGGUCUCCUUCAAUGCAAAGUACUGCUGCACCUCAAGCCCAAUCCUUUAGUCGUCAGAAUUCCUUCUGUAGAAUGCAGGCUGAAUUACCCAUUGCUAGGAGACACUCCCUGCAGCGAUUCUUUGAGAAGCGACGUGACAGGUUGGUGAGCAAAAGCCCAUACCCCACUUCACCAAUAGGAAAAGAGGCAGACACCACAAAACCUGGUGACAGUGCUGCACCUUUACCAGAUGCAGGUUGCUUUGGAAAACCUCUUGCAUCAGAGGAACUUCAGUCGAAGGUUGCUGGCAACCUUGCUUGA